AGCAGGAAGGAAACGAUGAAGACUCGGGAUCAAGCCGAGCUGAUCUAUGCAAGGAUCGCAGGAGAACUCUUCGUGACGCGUUUCUCAGACACAACAAAAGAAUUCAACUCCCAAGUGGAUCACCCGAGUCGCCACCAAAGGACAGGAAGUACGAAGACAUAAUGUCCUUUUUACUGCCAUAUGUGCAGCCAAGGUACAGUUCAAAGAACAACCUUUGUCCCACCGGAGGUUUAAAGGGGGAAAGAACUGGGACCCCUCUAUCACUAGCUGACACAGAGGAGCGGGGUAUCAUGCCGAGCAGCACUUAUUCAACACCAUCAACCUCUGGUGAAAAGAGGUCCCGUAGCCCAACGGAAACCCCAUCAAGGAGACCAGCCACAAAGGCGAAGAGCACAGGAACCCCAAUGGAGGACCGCAUUAUGUGUCUUUUGGAAAAUCUCACUCCAACAAACACUCACAAAGAGUCAUCUCACUUUGCUCUCAGCACAGUCCCCAUAUUGACUAAACUAAGUAGCCCAAGAAGGCGGAGAGCGAAGAGAGAAAUCAUGCGCAUCUUGGAUGAUCUCACAGAUGAACAGGAAGAGCAACAAAGAGCUACUACGUCGACAUAGAUUCUGCGUUCCAUAUGUACUCGGAAUUCGGCAUUUCCGACCCCUCGAAUGCUCUCGAAUGCCCUCGAAAGUCGGAAUUACAAGUGGGAAAGUCAGGAUAACACGCCCAUACCCAAUCUCUGCAUUCAAGAUGGUUGCUGCUUGCAUCAAUAAUAGUAAAACGUUCUUACUGUGACUGUUUUUAGCAGCUCUCUAUUAUUUAUGUAACAUUUAGUCAGUCGUACACAUACUACUUUUCCCUGUUUAUAAGAGGAGAUGUUUCAACACUAUUUAUAUGAAUGAAAUGCAGCAUGGAACCGUGUUAUUGUUAUUGUUGUAAGACUGCUGUUACAGUUGCUAGCAAUACGAAUGAAACAAGCAGGAAAACUGGAACACUACAACUUGGAGAUGACGUAAACUAUGAACAUCCCAGUUCCGAUUUCCGAGGAUAAUAGAACGCAGCAAGAGACAUGAUUAUCCACCCAAUUUACAUACCACAAUACUCCCCAUGGCAUAACAAUGCCCCAGCCUCAAUGGCAGAUUUCCAAGCCUUUUGCCCACCCGCCUCAGUCAGCAUCAGGAGUUUCCCCCUAGACCCGAAUCUCAAUGGGAAGACUCAAACAGCAGUCCUUUUUUAUAAAAACGUCUAAGUUUGAAUUUCUAGAGAACUCUGUUUGACUUUUUUUGAGUGUGUCUGUUUUCCUUAAUAAAACAAGUUUAAAAAACUUGCCAUGUAAUGAUUUCAACUAACUUUAAACCCAUCUGCCAAUCUUGGUUUGGGAUCUAUUGCGGCUCUGUAGUUUGUAGAUUGCUGCCUGAGCUCCGGUCCAACAAAGGAGAGACGUUCAUCCAUUUUCUCUGCACUCAUCUGGAAAUAUUGGCAUUGCCUGUCCAGUCUCAGCUCUGCAACAAGAUGAUGAAAAUCUCCUUGUCGUAUUUGCUGGUUGAGGGGAUGGACCCACAGAGGUCUUCUCGUCCUCAACGAUAAAGUUUUUGAAUAUAUAGUGUACUUACCCAUGGUAUGAGCUCAGAAGUACUUGAAAGUGAAACGGCGAACUUGUUUGAGCAGCAAGUGCAGUUUUGUGUUUACUCACAGACCAGUUUAUGUUGAUAAAUCUGGUUGUUGUCGCGUGAUGUCAGGAUUUCUGGUACAAACUCUUGCGUGAAUACUCUCAAGUCCGGUGGUCCAUUAACGGACUGUCUGGUUGGAGCCUACAUGUUUUAAAGAAAUCGGAUUGGAUCGUGUAGAGUUGGUCGCAAGGCGUGUGUUUUGGGGAUCAGAAAGAAAAGGUUGCACUGUGGCAAUGUUCUUCAGAUGAAGAAAUGUGUUUCUGUAACAUUUCGAAUGUUAUUUGUGAAACAUAGAAGCCAAUAUGAUGCAGAUGCUUCUAAGGUGAUCUGACAGAUUCAUUGCCAGUAAUUGCCACAGAUUUGAUUCUUUUAUUUCUCCAGUGAGGUUAAGCUUUUGUAUUUGUUUUUUGUAUUUUAAAGGCAAUGGCAGGAAUUACUUUACUGAUGGUUUUUUGCUACAGAAUCACACUAAGAAGGUAAAAUCUCUACAGGAAUGCUUUUUUAAAACACAAAUAAAAAACACUUGAGAGAUAAGGUUACAUUGCCAGUCUUUCGAGGAUUUUAGUUCGUUUAAAAUCAUCAGUACUGAAAAAAAAAGACAGUAGUGAUCCUAAGAGGCCAACAACUUAGAUGGAAGAGAUGUUAACACAUAAACCAUAAAACUGUACAAUAUGAAAUCCCCUGGUCCCCAAACCAGACCCCCUCCGGCCCUUGCCUGCGCCUAGAAAUCCUGUCCAUAAAAGUUAUGAACGGGACUGGUGACAAAGGGCAGCCCUGCCGGAGUCCAACAUGCACUGAGAACAGGUCCGACACAGUGCCAGGAAUGCGGACCAAACUCCUGCUACGCUCCUAUAGAGACCGGAUGGCCCCUAAUAAAGGGCCCCCAACUUUGUACUCCUGGAGCACCCCCCACAGGGCACCACAAGGGACACAGUCGAAUGCCUUCUCCAAAUCCACAAAACACGGUUGGGCAAACUCCCAUGAACCCUCGAGUACCCUGCAGAGGGUGUAGAGUUGGUGCAGUGUUCCACGUCCGGGCGAAAACCACACUGCUCUUCCUGAAGCCGUGGUUUGACUAUCAGCUGGACUCUCAAUUCAAUUCACUUUAUUUAUAUAGCUCCAAAUCACAACACACCCUCUCCAAUAUCCUGGCGUAGGCCUUACCAGGGAGGCUGAGGAGUGUGAUCCCCCUAUAGUUGGAACACACCCUCUGCUCACCAAUCGAACCCCGAGUCCCCAGCCUCUGCUUCCACCAGGAAAUGUGUGACGGCAGGAUUGAGGAGAUCCUCGAAGUACUCCUUCCACUCCCUGAUAAUGUCCCCAGUCGAGGACAGCAGCUCCCCACCCCUACUGUAAACAAUGUUGGCAAAGCGCCUUCUCCCCCUCUUGAGGCGCCAGACAGUUUGCCAGAAUCGCUUCGAGGCCAACCAGUAGUCCUUCUACAUGGCCUCACUGAACUCCUCCCAGACCCGAGUUUUUGCCUCUGCCUCGCGGUACCCGUCAGUUGCCUCAUUAGUUCCACAAGCCAACCACAGGCGACAGGACUCCUUCAGCUUGACAACAUCUCUUACUGCCAGUGUCCACCACCGGGUUUAGGGAUUGCCGCCGUGACAGGCACCGCAGACCUUACAGCCAUAGCUACGGGCGGCAGCAUUGACAGUAGAGACAGAGAACAUGGUCCAGGAGUUUUGAGGAGUUCCUCAAUCCAAUCACAGUGACUUCUGUGGAGGAGGUGGAGCCUUAAGACUCAGGAGAAGGUGUUUUUAAUCACUGACGGCAAAUCACAGAGUGUGACUGAGAUUCAGUACCAGAUGCUGAAGGCCUUUGGCAUUGUGAAACUGUCAUGGUUGACACACCUCCUCAAUGUUGUAUGUCAAGGACUUGGAAAACACUGGCGGAGUGCUAGAUUGGGGUGUGGGUUCCAAGUUUAAGGAAAGGGGACCUUUUAAAUAUCUUUGUGUCUUGUUCCCAACUAAUGGUAGGAUGGAACAGGAGGUGGACAGACAGAUUGGGCCUUCACCUGCACUACUACAAGCUGUGCUCAAUUUAAUGGCCCUACAUUCCAACCCUCACCUACGGUUAUGAAAUAUGGAUCAUGACCGAAAGAACAAGAUCUCGAUAAAAAGGGGUCGCUAUGUGCUUUCUCCUGAGGGUGGAUGGAUUGCGCCUGCUUCUCCGCCAAAAGUCAAGAGUCGAUUGAGACACCCCAGAGCAUAACCAGGAGCAGAACUCCAGUUUGGGUCAGAAGAAACCAGAUACUUCACACAUCAACAAGGGCAAGGAUGGAUCGGACACUCUCCAGAUAAAAAAGGAAGAUGAUGGAGUCUGCAUCAUGUAUGGUUUUACACCAGCAUACUUGAUUCUUCAGAUGAGUUCUCAGAAAGGUGAGAAGCCUUUCUCAUGUCAGGUCUGUGGAAAAACUUUUCUCUACAAAAGUAAAUUGAAAUACCACAUGAGAACUCACACGGGUGAAAAUCUGUUCUCUUGUCAGACUUGUGGAAAAACUUUCAUCUGGCAAAGUAAACUGAAGGAACACAUGAGAAGUCACACAGGCGAGAAGCCUUUCUCAUGUCAGACAUGUGGUAAAGCUUUUACUGAACAAAGUAAACUGAAACAGCACAUGAGAACUCACACAGGUGAGAAUCUUUUCACCUGUCAGACCUGUGGAAAAACCUUUAUCUGGCAUAGUCAGCUGACAGGUCACGUGAGAACACACACGGGUGAAAAGCCUUUCUCAUGUGAGAUCUGUGGAAGAGCUUUUACCCUGCAAAGUAAAUGGAGACACCACAUGAAAACGCACACAGGUGAGCUUUUCUCAUGUCAGACCUGUGGAAAAGCCUUUACCUUGCAAAGUGCUUUGAGAGACCACAUCAAAACUCACACAGAUGAGAAGCCUUUUUCAUGUCAGACUUGUGGGAAAGCUUUCAUCAGGCAAAGUGCUUUGAGAGACCACAUGAGGUCUCACACAGGAGAGAAGCCUUUUCUGUGUCAGACCUGUGGGAAAGCUUUUAACCGGCAAAGUAGUUUAAGUCUUCAUAUGAGCUUGCACACAGGUGAGAAACCGUUCUCAUGUCAGAUCUGUGGAAGGAAAUUCAGUUUGAAAAGUCAGUUGCUUGUUCACAUGAGAAUUCAUACUGGUGAGAAACCUUUCUCAUGUCAGACCUGUGGAAGAAAAUUUAGUGUGAAAGCUCGGUUGACCGUUCACAUGAGAAUUCACACAGGUGAGAAACUUUUCUCCUGUCAGAUGUGUGGAAAAGCUUUUACCCACAAAAAUUCUUUGAGUUUCCACAUGAGCUCUCACACAGGUGAAAAGCCUUUCUCAUGCCAGAUGUGUGGAAAAGCUUUUAACAUGCAAGGUGGUUUGACUCGUCACAUGAGAAUUCACACAGGGGAGAAGCAUAUAUCAUGUCAGACAUGCGGAAAAGCUUUUAACCAGCAAAGCCAUCUGACCUAUCACAUUAGAUCUCACACAGGUGAGAAGCCUUUUUCGUGUCAAGUUUGUGCAAAGAAGUUCAGUAGAAAAGAUCAGUUGAAUGUUCACAUGAGAACACACACAGACAAGAAGCCAUAAAUGUCAUUCUUCUUAUUUGUAUUUGAGAAUUGAAGGUGAACAUGCAGCAGCAUCAUAGACUGCUACGUCAUAUAUACAUGAAUAGAAAACAUACAUUAUUUAGAUUGAUGGAGACCGGGAUGAAAUUUAUCCUUCCUGAUGCACUUAGCUUUGCUGUGGUGAUGGUUGUUGCCCUUUGUCCUUUAUUAGUGAAAAAAAGGAACCCAUGAUUGGCAGUUUACAGUCUGUUGUGAAGCGUUCUUGUCUGGUACCGUGGGUCCUUCCUCCCGUGCUCUGAGGCAGGAUGUUGGUACUGGGCCAACAUACAUCUCAAACUGACAAGUUUACUGUGCAGUCUUUAAAAUGGUUUAACUGAGUAUCUGAGUAUUUUCCAGGUCUGGAAAAAGAAAAUGAAGAACGGAAACAUCUUUGUAUUUCUAGACUUUAAUAGUUGUUCCAUUACCUACAUCUUAUCUCCUUAUUUUCUGUCAGUCUUUGGUUUUUGUACAUUUGAAUUUGGUCAUAAAAAUGUGAGGAAGCAGGACAUUUGUUACUCGUCCCACCUUUGCUCUGCUGGCUGCUUCACUCUAUAACCAUCCUAGAAACAUGGCCAGAAUAAAAGGUUUCGGGUCAAAACUGAACCAAGAAAAACUGCUGUUUUUAUUUCCAGUAUCAUAUCAGAACCAGUUCUUAAAUCACUGAACUGGUUCCCUGUUUAUCAAAGAAUCGAUGUUACAUUUUCCUGUUUGAGAUUUGGAUGGGAUAUCAAUUUCAAUUUAAACUUCCAUCUAAAGUCAGAUGUAAAAUUGCCUUUAAUAUCUGUGUUUCAACAUUUUUGAAGAUGUUUUUAAGUGUUUGAAAUAUUGAAUUUUUUUUUAAACCAAAUUCUUAAAGAAUUUUGUUAUUUUCUCUUUGUCUGUCCUGUAAAACACUUGUAAAUCACCUUGUGUAUAAAUGGUUCUGUAAAUAUAAAGUGGCCUUGCCUCUUGGAGCAUCA